GAGAACUUCCCCCGCCUGCCUGUGUCGUCAGUGCAGAGAAAGCAAAGUUGGCUUAAGACUUGGUUUGCCCUGCCUGGACUAUUCCACUCAGCAGCCUUCAGCUGGGCUAGAGCUCCGAGACAUCAGCUGCAAGCAAGCCCAGAAAGAGGAGAGAGAAACAACGUCGGCUCUCUGGAACUGGAAAGGGAUGUCUUUUUGAGGCAGCCCUCUGUGCCCGGCUCUUUCAAAACUUGGCUUGGACAGUCAGCCCCUCUUGGCCUCUUAUAUUGAUCCGAGUGAGGAUUUCCGUACUGAUUUUCUGCACCCAGAAUGGAGAUCUAGCGUUGCCCCGGUUUUCUAUCCAUCCAUCCCGCAAAUACUUCCUUCAUAAUCCUGGAGAGCAAGGACACAAUGGCGAUCAACACUGACACCAACUUAAGAAUUACUUUGAGAGAGUCGAGCUCGCCCUUGCCUCCCGAAUCACAGGAGACAGAGAAACUACUGUUCGCGAGCGAGAGCAAAGAUGACAAGGGGAUGAAGUCCUCCAAGUCCUUCUCGAUCAAUCUGGCGAGCGAUAAGUCCAUGGAACUAGAGCUGAAUGGUCACAGCCUGCCUUACAAGUCAGUGUCUGCAGGGCACCUGGAAACUGUCUCUCAUUCUCCCUCCAGGCUCAGCCUGGGGCGGGCAUCCUCCAUCGCCACCACCUCCAAUGCCCAGGAACAGGAGAGGCCCGCAGAUUACCUCAUCUGGGCCAUCUUGUCCUGCUUCUGUCCCGUCUGGCCGGUGAACAUUGUGGCCCUGAUCUUUUCCAUCAUGUCGAGGAACAGUAGAGAACAGGGAGAUAUGGACGGGGCUCGGAGGCUGGGCCGCCUGGCGAGAUUACUCAGCGUUGUCUCCAUCAUCCUGGGAAUCCUCUUUAUUGUGAUCUACUGUUCUGUCAACUUUGCAGUUGUGAAAGGGAAGAAUUAGCCUGAGAGCCCAGCUGGCAGAGGAUGGUGCCGCUCAGUCUCCAUUUUGUUUUGACCCAGCUGCAAGAAGAUCCAAUUUAGAUGGGGCCUCCCCCGACAUCCCGGCCGCGGCUUUUCAGAAAUACAUUCCCAGGGAGCGCAUGCAUUACUCCCCAAGCUCUCGGGAAAUGAUUUUGAACCUGGAAACCAUCGAACUCCCCAGAGCAGAGGCUGGGAAAGGGGCUCGCAUUCCAGGGAGGGGAAUUGGAGAAAAAGCCACCCGGGGAACUUAGACCUGGUGGAGAAGACAGUACUGGGGGAGGGGAGAAGGGAAAACAAACCUAUUUAAAAAAACCAAAAAAACUGGAGAAAUCAUUCAGAAGUGAAUCACUGGGGAGUUUCGUGGAAACCUAAUGUUUUCGGCACAAAUUUCUGGGGUGUUUUUUUUGUAUCAGCAAGUAAUUUGUCUCUACCAAGAAGCUGAAACUGCCAUAGGGAGAAGAAAUCUGAACCCCAAGCAAGGAAGGCAAGAAGUACCAAGUCACAGAGAGCAGCAUGAGACUCUCUGCAGCUCGGUCAGCAGCGAGAGGUGACGGACUUUUUUUGUAUUUUUGAUGAAAAAAAAGAUGACCAUUUGCAUGCGUUUGCCACAUCUUCCCACAACCAAUGCUACAAGCUGUUUGGGCAGGGGCAGCGUUGAAGAGCUGGGAGCAAUGUGGCUGAUGCAGAAGGGGAUCCUGGGUUAGCCAGAAAGUCCCCCUGGAGUGGGGCUUGGAAAGCUGGUAAUAUGUCAUCUUUUUACAGAUCCCUAACCAGGCUAAAGUUUCAGUAAAAUGAAGGCAGCCUUCUGGGAUCCUCAUUAGAGGCAGACUGGUUUUGCCAGAAGAUAUCCAUAAAGUUAUUUGGCUUGGAAAAAAUUUCUCUUAGGCUUCAGAACUUGCUUUGAUUCCUUCCAUGUUUUCUAGCAUCCUUCCUUUUCCCUCUCCACCUCCUCAUCUCCAGCUCUUAGAGUCCUUCAUAGGCUUCAGUCCAACCUCCGUGUCCCAAAUCCAAAUGAUCUGCAGGCUGAGCCAGCUCCACACUUGGCCCAGUUUGGAUGGUUCCAGAACUCCUGCGAGCCCCCUUCCUCGCUCCUCAGGAAGGAUAGGCAGGGAUCAAGGAGGAAGGGGCACUGCCCACAUGUGAUUGGUGGAUUUCUGGUCUCUGUGGAUUGCUGGGUCAAUGAUCUUGGAAUAUGGAGAACAGCCCCCUCAAAAGAGAAGCAGGGAUGCACUUCUGGGCACACCCUGCUCUUGGCUGGACCUGGAUGUUAGGAUCCUGGGGCUCAGCUUGGACCCAAAUCCAGGACUGGGAAUAUCAGACCCAUAAAGGGUUCUGUAUUUUCCCGUUUCCCACAGGAGGAGGCAGAGUACCAGCCCCAGAUAAACCCCGACAGGCAGCAUCUCCCAGAAACAAAGCCCAAAAGCAACGUACCGAAGGGAAUUCUGAAUUCUGGCCCACGUCUCACUUUCCCUCAUUUUCGAGGUAGGAAUUCUUUGCCUUUAGGGUUUACUGUUCAUGAAGUGCCAGCAUAUUGCUCCCAGCUUCCCCAUGUUUCCCAGGGACCAUCUCUCUCCUGGUCUUUCUGGCUCCUUUGAGGUAAACGUCUCCCUUCGCCCAGUGGCUGGUCCUUGACCUGGCUUCUGCAUACUGAUCUUCUAUCACAAUCCUCUGCUGUCUGGAUAUUAAAUUAUGCAGUGGCCUCUCCCGGAACUGACCGAAGUCAUGAAGGUGAUUGGGUCCCAUCACCCCAGUCGGCCUACGUUCUCUUUACAGAGCUACUAGAGCUCCUAGCUGAAGGGGCCCCAGUAGGAUAAUUAUAUCUUCAACUGAGGCCUUGGCCUUUGGUACUGAGUUUAUGAUGCUCUCGUGGCUGAAAGGCCCCAACUGUUAACCAAAGUCCCUAGUGUUGCUCAGAACUUGGCAUUUGGUAUUCCUUUUCCUGUUGUAGCCUUUUCAUUAUUUCCCACUCUGCACUUGUAACUUUCCCAGAAUGUCUCUCUCAGGCUCAUUAUCUCCCUCCUGACAUUCUUAAUGAGAAUAAGCACUGGCUCCUCAUGCAUCUUUCCGUCCCAUGCUCACUGGCUUACCCUCUGGAGACUGCUGAGCAACACAGAAAGGGUGCCAGACAAUACUGUGGCAGGCUGUUCUGGGGGGGCAGGCAGAGAGGAAAGGGGAGGCCACCCAGCGAGCUGUUUGAAAGGGGACAGUAAUUCUCCAGGCAAGGCCCUGGCAAACAAGUUAAAAAUUCAACCAGGCCACCCUGGUUCCCCCAGGGAUCAAUAAGAAUGAAAAUGAAUUUAGUUGGCAUGUAGUAUGACUCACCUGGCAAAAGUGGUGACUUGACCAGGGUGAGGGAAGAAAGGGUUCUCAGCCAUGACUCUGUCAGGGAGCAAAUGAUAGUUAUAAUUAUAACAAUACAACAACUUCAGUGCCCCAGCCUGAAAAAUGAGCUUUGAGGCACCUGGGUGGAUCUCCUCUGGGUGAAUUCCUUAAUAUGCAGUGCCUCAUCCCCCUCUGCCUAGGCAUCUGGCAGUGUCGAACCAUGACUGUGUGUACUCUGGCUUAACGGGGACACUUGAGCCAGGCCCUGUGCUCUGGAGAGUCAAUCGUAAUUACUGGGCAUUUACUACGGGCAGAACGCUGCACAAAGUCCUUCAGUUGAAUGGAGGAAAAAGUCAAGGUCCCUGCCCUCAGGGAGCUUACGAUCUAAUAGGGGAAACAGGCAGGUAAAAUUAUUUACAGUUAAGAGGAAAAAGAGGUACCAUUAGUUAUACAAUAGAAUGAGAAGCAGUGUUGCCUAGU